AUGUCGACCGCUUUAGAAAUUCCUCAGACCGGGCUGUCUCUCCACCUCGGAGACCAGUCCGGUGAUCCUUCUGUGAAGCCGAGUCAGAUCAUGCGGUUGAAUCUGGUGCAGAGCACCCUCGAUGAUCUGAUUCAGAGCCUACGGAAGGAUCAACCGGCUCGAGUCCGGCUGGGAAAACACCCAUCACUGCACUAUGGGGGCAAGUCACAGUCCUUCCAUGCGUAUCCCGAAACACACCGAUCCGAGAUCUACCAUAGCUCCUCCGAUAAAGAGACUUUGUAUUUCACAGGGGUUCUGAGCCAUAGUCUGGAAGUUGAAAAGGCUAAAAAUGCCACGGCAGCUACCGAUCAGGCACUGGCAGAAUUAGAAGAAAAAUUGAAUGCUCACGAGAGGGGGAAGGAGUCAAAGAAAACUCACAUAAUCUCACACCCCGAUGAGUUAAUGGGCUUCCGAGGCAGCAAAGCAGGCUACAGAGGUCCCACGACGAAAGUCGAGCGUGAAAAGGACCGUUUUCUCAAAACUGCUGCCAACCGCUCUCUCACUGCAAGUCCCACCUUGGGUGCUCCCAAAUCUCCUUCUCUUGCACCUUCUUUCGCAAUGACUCCAACCUCAGUUCCAAUGUCGCAGAGUAAGGAUCGUGAGAGGCUUGAGGCCCUCAAGGUUCCCUUCAUUCACCUUCUCGCCGUUCGUGCUGUUUCAGCCAAAUUCCUCGCCCGCCAAACUCGCUCCACCAUUGAGGACUGCACCGCCCUCGGCGAGAAAUUCGGAGUCGUCAACAGAAUCAAUCCCGAGAAAUACAAUCUCAAGGACAAAGUCUACAAAGACCUUGACUUGUUCGGCUUCAAUUACACUCCAGAGGACCGCAAGGAAGCCAUUGAGAAUUCUAUCUCUGCCUUUGAUCGCAUGCGCAUCUCUAAGUCGGACAAAAUCUGGCAGCAGCUUCUUCCAAAGGCGGAACGAGGCAAAGGAAAAUGUCUAUCUCGGUUGAACCUCAAUACUCGCCCAUCCCAGAAACCUGCCGCCCCGGGCAAAGCCAACGGGGAGGACUCGGGUAAGGACAAUGACACCGACCGCGCCUCGAAGGCAUCUGCGACUGCGACCAAGUCUACAUCGACCUCACAGAAGGCUCGUGACAGAGAUAUCACCAAGCGACCCAACAAGGCCAAGUCUACCAACAGCACUCUCACUGGACGGGUCACGAAGAAGACUGUCGGGAAAGCCCCAAUCAAAGCCGAUAGCAAGAUCAAGUCUGCGGAGUUCAUUCACAGUUCCGACGAAGAAGAUGAUACCGACAUGGUUGAUGUGCCCACUGCCACUCCUGCCGCUCCUGUCCCUGCUUCCGCUCCCGCUCCCGCUCCGGUGCCUGCGCCCAAGACGCAAUCAAAGGAGCACAAGCGGACUCCAUCCAACACAAAGAUCCAGGCACCAAAGGCUAAGCCACUGGUGAAGCCUCGUACCACCGAGACUACUGUUACUUCCUCUGGUUCUGUUUCCAAGGUCAAGCCUGAUGUGUCGAAGCCUAAGCUCGAACCAACCAAGCCAGUCGCUGGGGCCACUGCUUCCAAGCGUCCUCCCUCUCGACCCUCGACUUCCCCGCAGAAGCCCUCUCCACUUGGCUCCUCUCCUCCCGCCAAUGCCUCUGAUGCUGCCAGUCGCAAACGAGCUGACAGUAACAACCAAUCCUCUGGCUCAUCUUCUUCUUCGCCUCUUAUUACCCAGCUCCCCAAAGUCAACAAGGUUAGCCGCCCAACCGCUGUUUCUGCCAAAUCCGGCAAAACUGUUCCCCAGACAAACCGUGUUGCCAAGCCCACUGCCACUGUCAAUCCUCUGAAACGCAAGGCUGAGUCCGACCACUUAUCUGCGCCCCAGGCUGGACGUCCAGCUGGAGACCUGGAUGUCAAGCGACGCCGAGCAGUUAGCUCCUCGAGCGGAGGCAGCACCGGCAGUGCAUCCCCACCCAUGAGCUACGACCUUCUGCGACAGCGCCUGCGUGAGAAAUCCCAGAAGUUCAAGAACUUCUACACAAAGUACCGCAGACUGCAUGACUCCCUUGCUGGGCUCGCCGACCCACCCCAGGUGGACCUCGACAAGCUGCAGAAGCAGCACGCUCAUCUCCAGAGCAUGAAGGAGGAGAUCUGGGAGGAAGAUCGUCGACUUCGUGACGGCCUUCACUCGUAA